CAAAAACAACAAAAACCUUUAUUUACUCACGGUUUAGUUUAAAGCAACAGGUUUGCUUGGGGAGCCGUGUUUACACUAAAAACAGAAAUAUGUACAGUAAUAAUAUGAUAAUUCUACAAUUCUAACAAUUCUACGAUUCUACCAUAAGAGGAGGUAUGAUUUUAUGCUUUUAACAGACAGAUCUAUCUAAGGCCUUUUUUCCAACCAACGCCUUUUCGCGCUAAUGAGCCUUCCUCUAUAAUGUCAGUUCUUUAAAAUGUCACCUUUCUACUUGAUGUCCAGUGUAUCGAUAUGUUCUGAUAAAAAAAAAAAUACAACUUGCCCUAUCUCACGAAAUGAAAGCAUUUUUUGUUGAAACUUUAUUUAUUAUUUUUUUCUUUCGUGUUUUGAUUUUAGUGCCAGAUGUAGAUGAGUGCCAGAACCCAUCAUCUUGUAUUUCACCAGCCACGUGUAAGAAUACUCACGGCUCAUAUUUUUGUCAGUGCCCUAGUGGUUACGUCUUCAAGGCAGGAUCAAAGAAAGAGUGUCAAGACGUGGACGAAUGUCAGACGGACCCCUACAGAUGUACCUCUCCAUCUCAGUGUAUGAACACUGACGGCUCUUUCUAUUGCAAAUGUCCCAGCGGUUACAGAAAGAAAGCAGGAACAUUGGAUCAAUGUAAAGACAUCAAUGAAUGCAGAAACUAUCCUUGCGACAACGGCAAGUCAACAUGUGAGAACUUAGUUGGAAGCUAUCGCUGCAACUGUAAAAAAGGUUACCAGAAUCUGGAUGCCAAGCAGUGUAUAAAUGCGAAUGAGUGUAGGCUGGGCACAGACACUUGUAACACCACCUCUUCGCGAUGCAGGGACACUGAAGGAGACUUUUAUUGCCGUUGUAAAGAUGGCUUUACUCAGGGAGUUAAUAACAAGAUCUGCGAUGCCAUUGCAUGCGUUCCCUUGAGUACCCCGGCUGGAAGCACUUUAGAACCAGCACGAUGCAUUCAAGCCAAUGCCAAUAUUUAUGGCGACAAAUGUGUCAUGACAUGUAAAGCAGGUUACGUCAUCGACGACAUUCAGCACGGAGUGCUUACUUGCGGAAGUGGUUCAAGGUGGGAGGGAAACAUUGGCAGAUGCAACCCUGUAGCAUGUCCAGCCCUGUCCGCCAUUUUAAAUGGAAGAAUCUUCCCGUCGACGUGUUCAUCAACUGGAGGAAAGUACACAGAGACGUGUAUGUACAGCUGUGACAGCGGGUACUCGCUGGAGGGUCAGUCGAGGAGACAGUGCUUAGCGGACGGAAAUUGGGAUGGAGCUCCACCUUCUUGCAGAAAGAUUGAUGUGAAGCCAUGGAUUGUGUGUCCUGAUAACAUAAAGCAAGAUUUACAGCCCAGCAAGAGCACUGCUGACGUCAGCAGCGUGUGGAAGGAACCCACUUCAAACGUGAAGCAGAUCACUAUCAAUCCGCCUGAAAUCUCUUCUAGUUACCAGUUUCCGGCGGGUGAAACGAAGGUGGAGUGGACUGCGACUAGCCCCGCAGGAUCGGCAAGCUGUGCGAUUUAUGUUACGAUAGAAGGUAAAUAAAUACGUUAUUUCAUGUCUUAAGCCAUUUAGGGGUCGGAGCGUUGGUUCGGUCUUUAAAAUUUAUUUCCCCCCCCUCCCCCCUCCGCCAACCC